AAGGACCAUUAUGACCACUCACUACACAAGGACCAUUAUGACCACUCACUACAGAAGGACCAUUAUGACCACUCACUACAGAAGGACCAUUAUGACCACUCACUACACAAGGACCAUUAUGACCACUCACUACAGAAGGACCAUUAUGACCACUCACUACACAAGGACUAUUAUGACCACUCACUACACAAGGACCAUUAUGACCACUCACUACAGAAGGCCCUUAUGACCACUCACUACACAAGGACCAUUAUGACCACUCACUACAGAAGGACCAUUAUGACCCUCACUACAAAGGACCAUUAUGACCACUCACUACACAAGGACCAUUAUGACCACUCACUACAGAAGGACCAUUAUGACCACUCACUACAGAAGGACCAUUAUGACCACUCACUACACAAGGACCAUUAUGACCACUCACUACACAAGGACCAUUAUGACCACUCACUACAGAAGGACCAUUAUGACCACUCACUACACAAGGACCAUUAUGACCACUCACUACAGAAGGACCAUUAUGACCACUCACUACAGAAGGACCUUAUGACCACUCACUAG